GACCUUGGUCCGCGGGCAGAAUGGCAGUUGGUAGAGGAAGGGAGCAAGGGGGUGUUUCCUGGGACAGGGGGCGGAGACCUGGAGACUAUAGUCUCCCCCAGGACUCAAGUUCAAUGAGUUUCUGCAGACACUGAACGGCUUUCAGUCCUCCCGCUGUGACUAUCACCUGUGGGCUCCACCUGCUGCACCUUUAGUCAGCACCUUUAGCCAGCACCGGCGCCAGACCCCAGCAAUGGCGAACCAGGCGCCCUUCGAAACGGAUAUCAGCACCCUGACCCGCUUCGUCAUGGAGCAGGGCAGGAAGGCUCAGGGCACGGGGGAGUUGACCCAGCUGCUGAAUUCGCUCUGCACCGCGAUCAAAGCCAUCUCGUCUGCGGUGCGCCAGGCGGGCAUCGCACAGCUCUAUGGUAUCGCUGGCUCAACCAAUGUGACUGGGGAUCAAGUAAAGAAGCUGGACAUACUUUCCAAUGACCUGGUGAUCAAUAUGCUGAAGUCGUCCUACGCUACCUGUGUUCUUGUGUCUGAAGAAAACACAAAUGCCAUCAUAAUAGAACCUGAGAAGAGGGGCAAAUAUGUUGUCUGUUUUGAUCCCCUCGACGGCUCAUCCAACAUCGACUGCCUUGUGUCCAUUGGAACCAUUUUUGGCAUUUACAAAAAGAAAAGUACUGGUGAGCCUUCUGAGAAGGAUGCUCUGCAGCCAGGCCGGGACCUGGUGGCAGCCGGGUAUGCGCUCUAUGGCAGUGCCACCAUGUUGGUCCUUGCCAUGGAUUGUGGUGUCAACUGCUUCAUGCUGGACCCGUCCAUUGGAGAAUUCAUUAUGGUGGACAGGGAUGUGAAGAUGAAGAAGAAAGGUAACAUCUACAGCCUUAAUGAGGGUUAUGCCAAGGACUUUGACCCUGCCAUCAAUGAGUAUCUCCAGAGGAAAAAGUUCCCUCCGGAUGGUUCAGCCCCCUAUGGUGCCCGGUAUGUGGGGUCCAUGGUGGCUGAUAUUCACCGCACUCUGGUAUAUGGAGGGAUCUUUUUAUACCCUGCCAACAAGAAAAGCCCAAGUGGAAAGCUGCGACUGCUGUAUGAGUGCAACCCCAUAGCUUAUGUCAUGGAGAAGGCCGGUGGGCUCGCCACCACGGGGGACAAAGAUAUAUUAGACAUCGUUCCCACCGAGAUCCACCAGAAGGCACCAGUCGUCAUGGGGUCCUCUGAAGAUGUGCAGGAGUUCCUGGAGAUCUAUAGAAAGCACAAAGCCAAGUGAAGACGGGCCUUGCCCCUGCCCCAGAGCAGAGCUCAAGUGACGCUACUCCAUUCUGCAUGUUGUACAUUCCUAGAAACAAACCUAACAGCAUGGAUAGUUUCACGGCUUAAUGCUUUGCAAUGCCCAAGGUCACCUCAUCCUCAUGCUAUAAUGCCACUGUACCAGGUAAUAUAUAUUUUGAGUAGGUGAAGGAGAAAUAAACACAUCCUUCCUUUAUAAAUUA